CUCUUCUUUCCUCUCGCAUCACCCUGUCUCACUGAUGAGAUCUAUCAUCAGUCAGCCAGGCAGGAGGCGGGCUCUGAUCACAUCCGAACAUUCAAACAUAACUGACGUAGGCUAUACUUCAUCGUCUUUCACCUCUCAAAUUAUUUAAGAGAUUUUUCAUAAUCUCUCUGAUUUCUAUCAUUCGUUUUAUUAUCUUUAUAAUCUCGUCAUAUUUUGUAUUCAUGACACGGUCGGAGAUUUGACAUUUUAGUUUGAUAUUCAAAGCAGGCGGUUGUUUAGCGGUUAGACAAGUACGUAGAUUUACUCACCUAUGUCAAGUCGGUAUUGUUUUGACUCCCGGGAGAUUCAUAUGAGCGCUCCGCCAGUGAUCCGACCGCCAAGUCCCCUGUCCCCGGGGUCCAAUGGCAUAUCUUUCCAGAUACAGAUCGGGCUGAGCCGCGAGCCUGUUCUUUUGGACUCUGUCGACUUCAGCCUCGCGCAGGUCCGGGAGAUGGCAUGCUCCAUCGUGGACCAGAAGUUACCCGAAUGUGGCUUCUAUGGGAUGUAUGACAAGAUCCUGCUGUUUCGCCACGACCCAGGCUCAGAGAACAUCCUCCAGCUGGUGAAAUGUGCUACAGACAUCACAGAGGGAGACCUGGUUGAGGUGGUCCUGUCAGCAUCUGCCACAGUGGAGGACUUCCAGAUCCGUCCCCAUGGCUUGUUUGUCCACUCCUACCGGUCCCCUGCCUUCUGUGACCACUGUGGAGAGAUGCUGUGGGGCCUGGUGAGACAGGGUCUCAAGUGUGAAGGUUGUGGUCUGAACUAUCACAAGCGCUGUGCCUUUAAAAUCCCAAAUAACUGCAGUGGUAUCCGCAAGCGGAGGUUGUCCAAUGUCUCUCUGACCGGCUUGACCACACUGACCAUCACGCGGUCCAAUGAGCCUUUGCCUUUCACCUCCGACGAGGCCUUACUGUCUCCUGUCAGUCCCGGCAUGGAGCAGAAGACACAGACAGACUUCUUUUCUGGCAGAGAGAGAAGGUCCUCUUCCUACAUCGGCCGGCCUAUAGAGUUAGACAAAAUCCUCCUGUCUAAAGUUAAGGUGCCUCACACCCUCGUCAUCCGCUCCUACACACGCCCCACCGUCUGCCAGCACUGCAAGAAGCUACUCAAGGGCCUGUUCCGUCAAGGCCUGCAAUGCAAAGAUUGCAAAUUCAACUGUCAUAAACGAUGUGCCCCCAAAGUGCCAAACAACUGCCUUGGAGAAGUGUCUAAAAAUGAAGAUCUGCUGAGCUCAGGGGCGGAGUCUGAUGUGGGGAUGGGGGAGGGUUGUGACGACCACGACAGUGACAUGAACAGUGGUCUGAUGGAUGACAUGGAGGAGGCCAUAGUGCUUGACUCAGGCCUGCUGGAGGCUGGCCAUGGGGAAAUGGGAGACCUCCAUGACCCAGAGGAUGACUGCAACAGGGCUAUAAGCCCAUCUACUAGCAACAACAUCCCGCUGAUGCGAGUGGUCCAGUCAGUCAAAAACACCAAGAGGAAAAGUAGCAAUAUCAUGAAGGAAGGUUGGCUAGUGCACUUCAGCAGCAAAGACACUCUGAGGAAAAGACACUACUGGAGGCUAGACAGCAAAUGCAUCACGCUUUUCCAGAAUGACACAGGCAGCAAAUACUACAAGGAAAUUCCGUUGUCAGAGGUGUUGUCUCUGGACCCAGCCAAGACCUUCAACCUGCUGUCUGAGGGCUCCAACGCCCACUGCUUUGAGAUCGCCACGGGCAGCCUUGUCUACUAUGUAGGGGAGAACCUUGCGAGGCCGGAGGGCCCGGGGAGCAUGUCGGCCCACAGCAGUAUGCUGGUUAGCGGGGUCGGGCCGGAUGUGGCCAGGAUGUGGGAGAUGGCCAUCCAGCAUGCCCUCAUGCCCGCCAUCUCUAAAGGACUGUCACACGGGUCACGUCACAGUGGCCACAAGGAUGUUUCCAUCAGUAUUUCAGUGUCCAACUGCCAGAUUCAAGAGAACGUGGAUAUCAGCUCAGUGUAUCAGAUAUUCCCGGAUGAAGUCCUUGGAUCGGGCCAAUUUGGGAUUGUUUAUGGAGGAAAGCACCGAAAAACUGGCCGGGACGUAGCAAUUAAGAUCAUCGACAAGUUACGCUUCCCCACCAAGCAGGAGAGCCAGCUACGCAAUGAGGUCGCCAUCCUUCAGAACCUGCACCACCCUGGGGUAGUGAACCUGGAGUGCAUGUUUGAGACGCCGGAGCGCGUCUUCGUUGUCAUGGAGAAGCUCCACGGAGACAUGCUGGAGAUGAUCCUGUCCAGUGAGAAGGGGAGGCUGCCUGAACGCAUCACCAAGUUCUUCGUCUCACAGAUUCUUCAGGCUCUUCGUCAUCUCCACUUCAAGAAUAUCGUCCACUGUGACCUCAAACCAGAGAACGUCUUACUGGCGUCCGCAGAUGCUUUUCCACAAGUGAAGCUGUGCGACUUUGGCUUUGCCCGCAUCAUUGGAGAGAAGUCUUUCCGUCGGUCAGUGGUGGGCACUCCGGCCUACCUGGCCCCUGAGGUCCUGAGGAAUAAAGGCUACAACCGCUCCCUGGACAUGUGGUCUGUGGGGGUCAUCAUCUACGUCAGCCUCAGCGGCACCUUCCCCUUCAACGAGGACGAGGACAUUCACGACCAGAUCCAGAACGCUGCCUUCAUGUACCCACCCAACCCCUGGAAGAAGGUGUCCCAGGAAGCAAUUGACCUCAUUAAUAACUUGCUGCAAGUCAAGAUGAGGAAGCGCUACAGCGUGGACAAGUCGCUCAGCCAUGCCUGGCUACAGGACUACCGAAUGUGGCUGGACCUACGUGGCCUAGAAUGGAAGAUGCACGAGCGCUACGUCACGCAUGAGAGCGAUGACACCCGCUGGGAACGCCACGCUGAGCAGCACGGCCUGACGUACCCCGCCCACCUGGUCAACCCACACGCCGACGUCAGCGAGGGGGUGGAGCCUGACCCGGAGUUGGAGGAGGUGGACACUAUGGUGGCCCUCAGCGACAGAGUCAGCGUGAUGUGAAUACUGUAAAUGCAGGGCUACUAUCCCUUAAGAGUCAACGUGCUGUAGUACUGAACACUGCUGCCUCUGCCCCCUUAAGAGCCGUCUCACUCCCUCCACAACACAACACAACACACCACAGCACAACUGACUGACUGACUGACUGACUGACUGACCGACUGACCGACUGACCGACUGACCGACCGACCGACCGACCGACCGACCGACCGACCGACCGACCGACCGACCGACUGACUGAGCCCUCCACUCCCAGCCAGCAGCUAGGGGCUCGAUAUCCAAACCCUGCCUUUAAACUAACAAAUAAUCCCAUUUCUAAUUGUCUGUAUAUGAGUCAAUCAGGUCUAUUGCCUAGCUGCCUCAUGAAAGACAAUCUAACUUCUUAUACUGUAAAACUCUGGGUGUGAAGGAUCAUCCAGGUGUACUGUAUGUUAAGUCAACAGCAGCAAACAAUCCCCCCCAAAAAGCCAGCUAAACAAUUUAGUCAAAACCAAAAUGAGAUGUGUUUCACUGUGAUUGGGUGCACCCCAACGAGACAGCUCAGGACUAACCUUAGUGGUAUUAAGAGUGAGAAAGGAUAUUAUUAUUACUAAAGUUUUAUUUCACUCUUGAAUGUACCUUUAUAUGAUGACAUGAUAAGAAUUCACAGAAAACUAGUAUAGCCAGAAAUGGUGGAAAGACAAAGACAGAGAGGGAGAUAGAGAGCGGACUCUGUAGGCUUCAAGAGUAUGGAGACAAAAUCCUGAGGCCUGGAUACAGAGAAACAGUGAAGGUAGAAUACCUGUAAGCAUUUGUUCUCAUCAAGAGCUAGCUGCUUUUCUAGUCUAUAGUGUUGAAAUGUGUUCAUGGUGUGAUGCUGAAUGUUGCGUAUGUGGCUACUGUACAGUAUGUUUGUGCUCUUUGCGCAAUUGCAACCAGCCUUUAAUGCAUUUUUGCCUACAGGGAAUACAUUAUUUUCUCUGGCUACACAUUUAAAUAAAUAUAUUUCAAAGCAGAUAUGUAAGCGUUUAAUACCAUUUAUUACAUGAUUUGUGAGUUUGCUUUACAUAUACACCCCAAUGCCCCAUGCCUUAUAUUUUGACCUACAUUUGAGUACACUGGCAA